CUUGGCCCUGCAGUGUACGGAUUACGGAUAUUACCUUGCAGUCGUACAGUCAAACCCUUGGUCAUCUGCGAUACGUGCGGGACGGACAAACCGCGUUGACAUGCGUGCAUGCAUAGCCCCAGCCUCGAGCUGCUGCUGACGUCAACCAACACCACCCGACCGAUCGCCCAGAACAAGGCAAGCCAGGCGAAGAAAGCAGACACGGCAGAGCAAGCAGAUCACUGAAUGUGAGGCGACAGAAGCAAUCGGGGCAAUCUUACACGCCCAGUCCCAGACUCCCAGCAAUGAUUGCCCGACAGUCGUCACACGCAACGAACAAUCACCUCAACAGCACCGCUCCCAUGCCCUACCACUGUCGCCGGGCGCUCCCAUGUCAACCACGUGUCUACCCCGUCUGAAGGCUCGUCUUUGCUUCGGGACGAUUGCGGCUUGUCGUUGAACUUCAUCAAAGCAGAUCUGCUGAAGGUCAUCCUCAACGAUUUCCAACCGGCGUGGCUUCGACUUCAUUCCUGCAUUUGCCCCCUACUUCUCAGCAUCCAGCGUCGCUGCAUCGCCUCUCGAGCACAACCCCCGAUAGCCCGCUUUCAAAGAACUGUCGAUAUCCUGCUGGGCCGCAGCCUGGCCCGCGCGCCAUUGUUCACUGGAACGGAAUCCGCAUCAUUCUCAUGUCUGGCGACGACCAUCCCACGACUCUCACGCCAUUUUGCUUUUCCCAGCCUCAGUCUCGUGGAUGCCACACUCGCACUUUUCCAUAUUGCGACUAGCUGCGCAUGCCGUCCGUAAUGCAAGCUUCACAUCGACCAUCGACUGUUUGAUCGGCCGCUGUAACGUAUCGCCCGUUCAUCUCGCUCCAGCACGAUUGUCAAGCAGUAAACGCACCCACGUUUGCUUCUCUGCAUCGGCGGCUGUUUCGGCCUGGACUGGUCCCCAAACCAGUAGAGAAAGGCAGCAAGCUGUUUCAUUGUCUGCUACAUACCCCAUGAUCCUGGCAUGGGAGUCCCAAGUGGUCUCAAGUAGAAGGUGUGAACAAAGCCACCAACACCAUCAUGGCCACGCUGCCAUCGUAUCAGGAUGCCGUCAGUAAACUCGACUGGCUUGAGUUGGUGGCACCAUACGUUGCAGACAAGGACUUUACUAGUCUUUGUUCUGUGAAUCAACGUUUCCAAGCCGUCUUCGCACCCCGCCUUUGGAACGAUCCAUUAGUCGCCGUUCGACGGUUGGGACUGGAUCCAAGUGACGACCUGGAAUGGUACCUAACAUUUAUCUUCGACCGCAUGCAGCGCCUGCGGCCAAAGACCCUGGCUCUGAUCAUGACGCUUGACUUUCGCGAGUUUGCAAAAGACACUGCCCACUUCUCGUCCGACAGCAGCAGCAGGACAAUACCUCACACUUUGCGUCAACUCUCCAAGACAUUGCCGAAUCUCAGAUGCAUCCUCUUAGACGGACAUGCCGAGGCGGACCCCGCCUUCUUGGCUUCCAUCCCAGCGUCCGAAGCAAACAUGACACCACCAGAGUCUCGUCAAGGCUUGUUGGUUCUUAGUGUCGCUCAUUGUCAAAAUCAACUCCCCAACGGCUUCUAUGCGUCGGACAAGCUCCAGCAGCUAGUCCUUCUAGACGUUUCCGGAUUGCCAGGUUCUCUGCAGCCUCUGAUUGCUGCAGCUCACGGACGACGCAACCUACGCAGAUUAAAGGUCCUCAAGGUGAGGCGUCGGGAGAUCAACGACUCCUUGGCUUUGAUGCUCUUCCAGGCUUUCAAGAGCUCGCUCUGGAGUCUGGACAUCAGCGAAAACAGAAUAACAGACGGUGUUGUCGGCCAAUUUGCUGCACUUUGCUUCAAUAGUCCAUCUUUGAGGUCUCAGUCUCGAUUCAUGACCGAGGGCAAACCUAUCUUUGAUGGUCAAGGAAACGACACAUUCGGGCCAUUCAUGUUCAUCCAAGAAUCCGACUCAAGCGCAACCUUUAGCGAUGCAGAGCGGCACUUUGUGGAUGCUCCCAUUUACUCUGUCGCUGCGGGUCGCAAUUUACAAGAAGAUGAAGCAGUGCGAGCCAAUGGCAGAACUCCGUUGAGGCGAGACAGUGUGGACUACGUUAAGGCCGCAACUGCGGGAGGCAUGGAUCAUCCGGUGCCUGACUGGUCAGACCUGCCGUACCUCGACGUCUGCUCUGCACCCACCGGGAUCACCCAUCUGCACAUCUCAGACACUCAAAUCACUUCUUCAGGUGUGGAGAGACUGCUGCGUAGCUCGCAAGGCCAACUAGAAGAGCUCUCGUGCGAUGCUCCGUUCUUUCUACCAGUCCAAGGAUCUGCUUUGAAGCAGCAGCAUCUCCUCCCAUGGCCCAAGAACGUCACUCUGCGCGGCGCUCUGGGCUGCGCGCACGUCUUCAGGCCCGUAUUCUCGUCCAAUCUGCGUGUGCUGAGGAUUCACCAUUCGCUCGUGACGCAGAUUCCGACACUUGAGACUGAUGGGUUGUCAACCAUGACACGACUCUGGCUAGCCGAGACAGUGGUCAGGGAACGAUCUGAGAUGGCCUUCCCACAGACAUUCGAACCGGACAUGAACCCCCGGCUGACGUCUCUGACUCUGACCAAGAUCCCACGUCGCUCCAAAGGGCCACUGAUAGACAAGCUUGUGCAAUUUCUCACACUGGCUGGUCUCCAGGAACGCGCGAUCCGAAAGACUGCCUCUCAAUCAUCAUCGCGACGUUGUCCAGUACUCCUGCAUGGCCUGCGUCAUCUCCGUCUAGAGUUUGAAGCCGAUCCCAUUGAGGAUCCGGCCGGCUUUUCAGCCGCAGACGACUUGGAUGCGGAAGAGCUCUUGAAUAUGGGUGAGGGUGAGGGCUUCAGCUUCUUCGGCAACGAGCGCCGGCCUCAGCCACGGCCUGAAGCCACGAGGAAAAAGCAAGCAACAGCGGGCGACGAAGUCGCUACGCACCACACUCAGCCCGCCACAGUCCGUCUGAGCACAUUCCCCUACAGCGAUAUCCAGGGCGUGUCUAUACCCUACCGUGAUACAUGGGGCGGGAGUCAAUUCGACCGGAUAAUCUGGGUUGGCGACGGCAUUCUGGGGUCAAACCACCUUGCUGUCAACGAGUAUAUGAAACUUGUGACGAACCCACUGCUUAGAACCAGAGUAGGACCAGCCACUCCGGCGCACGUAAAAGCUGGCGUACCGGAAGGGGUUCUCAUAUUCCACGCGGCUUGGGACGCCAUUGUCAUGCCACCAGAGUUAAAACCUCCCAGAGCGGCAGAACUUCAUGGUAUGCGGGACGUCCUAGAGGCCAUCAAGGCGUUUCGCAUCGAGACUAGAGCAGCAUACGAGGCUGCGAAGAAGGCUGCCGUUGAAGGCGUGGCAGAACUUGGCACAACCACCGGGCCACGACACUGCUUCUGGUCGGGAAGGCUUGAGGUCUCUGCGCAGCAGAGCAUGGCACACUAUCGAGCGCCUGGUUAUUGGCGAUGAGAAAAAAGAAAACCAAUCUCCUUUCCGUCCAAAGUUUUCUCUUUCCCAACGAGUUUCUAGUGUUCCGUCUUACUCUCGUGUGAAGGCGCAAUUUUUGGUCAUUUGUGAUAUUUACUUGUUUUGAAAUAAGUAUGGACAGUGAAGCGAAAUGUGGUCCUCAAGACAGCUUUCUUUUUGGCCCUCCCAUAUCUCACAUGUCUGUCUCAGUUUCCAGUGGGCCUCCUCCCCCAAUCCAACGUCACAUGACUUUGCCCAGAACCCCGAUCAGAAGCCUCUCUCUCAAGAAAGAGAAGCAGUGUAAGCAGUCGUGGUGAACUUGGCAUUCGACCCGACAAACGGCUCGGUACCGGCGCCGAUGCUCUGGAGGAUCUGGGAGGAAGGCAGACCCUGGCUGUUGAUGAGGUAGGUCGCGAACGCCUUGAGGUCACCGCUGAAGCUCUGGACGUUGCUGGGCGCGACGAAGCUGAAGACGGUCAUCUGGCCGUUGACGCCCUUGUAGAGGUUCCAGGUGCGGCCGGCGACGGUCGGGGUGGCGAUGGCGCUGCCGGUGGCGGAGAUGGGGCCGGCGCCGCCGAGGGAGCCGAGCCAGAUCAUGAUUUCAUAUUGGGCGGAGCCGGUUGCCGUGGAGGAGGUGAAGAGGUCGUAGGCUACGUUUGCUACGAGGCCUGUGCCGGAGUAGCUUUGGGCGUGUUAGUGGUCAUCAUACUUGAUGGUUUUGAUGUGUAGAUAAUGGCUUUGGUCUUUUCUCUUGGGGAAGGAGUACAGAGUGACGGAGUAACAAAACAUACCUCCAGUUCCAGGUUGAGGGGAUGCUGCUGAUCGCGCUCAGGGCCUUCUUGCUGACGUUGACGACGGCGUUUGCGUACGACUUGACGUUGUACUGCCCGCCGGACCAGGACCAGGUCGUGGACCACUGCAGGUUGCUGCCGGAGAGGCCGGUGAGGGUGGUGCACUGGCUUCCGGUGCCCGAGGACAUGCCCCAGAGGUUGUUGUAGACGGUGUAGGUGCCCGUGACGGCAGAGUCCCACUGACCGCAGUAGGUUGUCGCGCGCUUCUCGACGGUCGUCGGCGUCGGGCUGGCGAGAGCCAGGGGGAGGAGCGCGAGGAUGGCGGAGAACUUCAUGGUGGAUGGGCAGAGGCUGAGAGAAAACUCGGUGUGAUUGUUGGAUAAGGAACUGGCUGGAAGCUCACAAGAUGUGGUACCGGCGAAGGAUGAUCAAGUUUUAUAUGUCCUGCUUUUCGGUGUAUCUAUAGAUGGUUCUAUGUUGAACUUGACUUUGUUGGUCCCGGACUGCAUCUUUCUGCCAUUCAUCUAUUCUUGCGCGGGGUCCCCGGCA